AUGAUGAUUAGUGGAAGCGGCAACGAUGUUGAGGAAUCACAAAAUCUCUCAUUGGAGAAUCCUAAGAAUGAAAAUGAAUGGGGCAGUUCAUCGCGGAUUGUUGUGGCUACGCCUACACCAAAGUGGGCUGGGACAAGGUUAAUGAGGGAAGAGGAGAACGUCUAUCAGAAGCUAAAGGGUUUACUACCGUCUAUUAUGAGAGAUCGUGUUAUAGUCACUGCAAUGCAUCUAUGCAUGAGAAGAGGUCCAAUGGAAAAGGCACGGUUUGAAGUUUAUCAAGAGAAUCUGGAGAAGGUAACAAGAGCAAGAGGGAACCGUAGAGUUGAUGACUCUGCUUGGUGCGGGACAUCAACUAAAAAUCUCGACAGCCUUACGUGUCGUGGGUUUGAAAUGAAUAGUAAUGUACCUGCUUCUUAUCCUCAUGGUGUUGGUAUAUACUUGUCCCCUUUCUUAUCACCUCAAAUAAGUGAUAUGAUGUCUGAUAUAGAUGAAAAUGGUGAAAAACAUAUCAUUUUAUGUCAAGUUAUAUUGGGAAAUUUUGAAAAGGUUGAGUUAGGAUCUAAGCAGUUGUUUCCAUCGAGUAAGGAUUUCGAUACCGGAGUUGAUGACUUAACAAAUCCAAAGUGGUAUGUGGAUGGCACACCAGUAGAGGGAGAAACUUUCAUGAGGGAUUUAAAAUCUAUUGUUCGUGAUGAUCAAUUGAUGCGUUCGAUCAUGCUGGAAAUCUCUUCCUGA